AUAUAUAUAUAACAAGUUGAAGUCAUUGCAAAUCGUGCAUAACUUAAAACUUCUCCCAUAUACUUGCCUUCUUUUCUGCAUGAUCAUACACUAAGUGCAACUAUAUUUUCCUAAAUUAUUAUAUAUCAAUUAUGGAUCAGAGUAUUGAGGGUCACAGAUACAGAUACCGAAGGCCGGCCUCUUGUAUGACCGUUUCUGCCCACUUAUUUGGUAUUUUAGCAAUAAUGCUUUUGCUCGUGUGGCUGCUGCAUUAUCGUGAAGGCCUUGAUCUCGAGUCGUAUAAUGCCAACCGGGUUUUCAAUGUUCAUCCAUUUCUUAUGUUUUUCGGGUUCAUAUUUAUGAUAGGUGAAGCAAUGAUGGCAUACAAGACGGUGGGGGCAGAGAGGAAAGUCCAGAAAUCUAUUCACAUGUUCAUACAUUUCGUGGCCAUUGUUCUCGGGAUUGUGGGGCUACAUGCGGCCUUUAAGUUCCACGAAAUAAAGGGAUUGACCAACUUGUACAGCUUGCAUUCUUGGAUUGGAAUCGGCACAUUCUCCCUCUUCUGCUUGCAGUGGUUGUUUGGUUUGGGCACGUUUAUGUUGUCCGGGGCAUCGAAUGAGACAAGGGCAAGGGCAGCACCAUGGCACGUAAAUGGAGGAAGGGCACUUUUGUACAUGGCCAUAUGCACAGCCUUGACCGGGCUCAUGGAGAAAGCCACUUAUAUGGGGCUACGCCACCAGAGCGAAGCUCGCCUCAUCAAUUUUUUGGCCAUCGCUAUUCUUCUUUUCGGCAUCUCGGUUGAUCUUUCUGUUUCUCUCGGCCGUUAUGUGUGAAUCUUUUUACUUCCUUUACUCUUCUUUUUUUUUUCUUUAUUUUGUUGGGGUUUAUAUCAUUGGUAAUUUGUUGUUUGAUGAUGAUGGUGCUCAAGUGUUUGGAAAAGAUAUUGUUGUGUGAGGGUUUUGGUCGUUGGAUAUAUGGGUUUUUAUUCAUUGUAGGAACUUUGGCUUGCUGUAUGUUGCAUAUGGGAGUUCUGUUCUGGUUUUUCAUUUUUCACUUUUUCCCUUUUUGUUGUUAAAAUUUAAGCUAUUUUGUGUUGCAAAUUAAGUGUCGAUAACACGGAAAAAAAUAUGAACUCAAUUGUUCAGUUCUUAUGAUUUAAAAACCAAUGUUCUGGAAACCGGACCGAUCAUUGAACUGGUGAAGCUACCGGUUUAAUGGUU